AUGGGAAUGAAAGGCGCCUAUCUGCUCGAUGAAGAUGCACGACUUUUCGACCACUCCUUCUUCAGCAUGACAGGCCUCGAGGUGGAAACUAUGGACCCUUCUCAACGGAAGUUGCUCGAAGUGACUUACGAGGCAUUCGAGAAUGCAGGCGAGACAUGGGACAGCGUGUCUGGCACGCGCACAGGCGUGUUUGUGGGUAACUUCUGCCUCGAUCACUGGGUGAUGCAGUCGCGCGACUGGGACAACCCAAGGCCAUAUGCAUUUACUGGUGCUGGCACCAGCAUUCUUGCCAACCGGAUCAGUUACACAUUCAACCUCAAUGGACCGAGUCUCACUGUUGACACGGCGUGCUCAUCAUCCAUGUAUGCUUUGCAUCUGGCCAUGAAUGCGAUUCGUGCCGGCGAUUGCGACGCUGCGGUCGUGGCGUCAGCGAACUGGAUUGCGGACCCCGGUGUGCAGAUCGCGCUCGACAAGCUAGGCGCCCUCUCGGCUUCUGGCCGAUCCUAUGCCUUCGAUAGUCGAGCCGAGGGCUACGCCCGCGGUGAAGGCUAUGGAGCCAUCUACCUCAAGCGAGCGUCAUUGGCCAUGGCAGACGGGUCGCCAAUGCGCGCGCUAAUCCGUGGAUCCGCCAUGAACGCCAAUGGGAAGACGGGCGGCAUUACACGCCCGAGUCCCGCCGGACAAGAAGCCGUUAUCCGCGAGGCCUAUCGCAAUGCGGGUAAUCUGCCCUUUGCCGAAACAGGUUAUUUCGAGUGCCAUGGAACGGGCACCUAUGUCGGCGAUCCGCUCGAGGUGGCCGCUGUAGGUAAUGUCUUUGCUAGUGAGCAGCCUGCUGGCGGCGCGCUGCUUGUCGGAUCUACCAAAACCAACGUGGGCCACGGUGAGGGUGCUAGUGCGCUCGCCUCCAUCAUGAAGGUGGUGCUGUCGCUCGAGCAUGAGACUAUCCCCCCCGUCUUCGACCUCCAGACGCACAACCCCAAUAUCGACUUCGAAGGCGCCGCAGUCAAGGUCGUGCAAGACCUGACCCCGUGGCCCAGUGGUCGAGUGCGGCGUGCCAGCAUCAACUCCUUUGGCUACGGUGGCGCCAACGCCCACUGCAUCAUCGAUCACGUGCAUACACUGUUUCCCGACUACGUCAAGCCAGGGGUGCGGCAGACGCUGGAUGCCAACAGCGCGACGGUCAACGACGCGACCAUCCAAGAAGACUGCGGUGGGAACAUCAAGGCAACCCUCGCCGAGCGACUAACAGAGCCAAACACAGACAGUUCAAUCGACGGCUCCACAACCUACUCUCCCCACAGCUCCCCGCCUGCGUCAACGGUCGGCACUAGCAGCGACUCGAACGAUGAGCUUACCCAUGCGCAGAGGAAGCCGCACUAUGCCAUCACCAAACCACCCAAGAUGAAACGCGUGGCCGAUGCACAUAGUCGGCAACUAGUGCUGCUGCCGUUCACCGCUCACAGCAAGGAGUCGCUGAAGCUGAACAUAGACGCUCUGUCCAGCACUAUCAGCCGUCUCCAGCUCUCAGAUGUAGCUUACACCCUGGCAAAUAAUCGCUCCAAGCUACCUCAUCGCACCUUCCGUGUAGUAGACAGUGCUCAGCCUGCCAAACGACUCGUCCCAGGUGGCACCGUGCUGAGAAGUCCUCUCCAACACGGUAACGUAGCUUUUGUCUUCACCGGCCAGGGUGCGCAAUGGCCUGCAAUGGGCGCCGAACUUUUCGAAUAUCGCACCUUUGCCUCGGCAAUCGAACAUUUGGACUUCGUACUUGGAUCUCUCCCACUUCCCCCAUUGUGGACAUUACAGCAGAUUUUGUCUGGCAAGAGUGACCCUGACCUCGUCGACACAGCCGAGGUCUCGCAGACAGUAUGCACAGCCCUUCAGAUUGGUCUUGUUGAUCUUCUCGCCUCAUGGUCUGUACGGCCUGUUGCUGUUGUUGGCCACUCAUCCGGAGAGAUUGCAGCAGCUUAUGCAUCGGGCCGUAUGACCGCUGCCGAAGCCAUCGUCACAGCUUACUUUCGCGGCCAAGCUGUUUCGAGGAAUCAACGGACAGGUCUCAUGCUGGCUAUUGGACUGAGUUCUGAACAGACACUCCCUUAUAUCGCUGGGCGGGAAAGCGAAGUGACUAUCGCGGCAUUUAAUUCUCCCGGAAGUGUCACGCUAUCGGGCGACCAAGAGACGAUCAGAGAAGUGUCCAAGGCUCUGGAUCAUGACGGCGUCUUCAACCGCGUACUUAAAACUGGAGGCAAUGCAUAUCACUCCCAUCAUAUGCUACCUCUUGGUAUUGAGUAUGAAGCUUUGCUCUCAGCCGGCCUUGAACAUGUGCGUGAGCAGGGGUUAGCUGCCGUCUCUCAGCGCUAUUCGCAGAUACCCUGGAAAUCAUCCGUCACGCCCUUCGAAGACUUCGCAGAGGAAGACAUCGCCAGACCAGCAUACUGGAGGAACAACCUUGAAUCUCCUGUGCGCUUCUCUGACGCCGUCACAGAACUUGUUAUCUCAACUGAAGUACAAGCGUUGAUUGAGAUUGGACCUCAUCCUGCCCUUAAAUCACCGAUUGACCAGAUCUUGAAGAACUCAGGAAAAUCAUCCGUCGGCUACGCUUCCACCAUGAAACGGCAGCAAGACAGUCGUGAGAGUAUGCUGCAGCUUGCCGGUACUCUGUUCUGUCUGAACACGGACGUAAAUAUAGCUGCAGUCAAUGCUCUUGAUGGUGUCCUCGGGCUAGCACACGGCAGUAUUGCCGUUGACCUUCCUCCGUAUCAAUACGCGUAUGGUCCAGUAGCGUACCAUGAAAGCCGCCAGAGCAAAGAAUAUCGUCACCGUGAAGUAAUACGACAUGAUCUCCUGGGUUCCAAGGUCGUCGGUAAUGCCAAAUUACGACCUCAGUGGCGCAACAUCUUGCGCGUCAGAGAUGUACCCUGGCUAGGUGACCACCGCCUGCUUCCAGAUGCUGUCUUUCCGGCUGCUGGUUAUAUCGCAAUUGUGGUCGAGGCAGCCACGCGUGUUCACUACGAAGACCCGACAUCACCGUUGAUCACUGGAUACUCCUUGCGAGACGUUUCCAUCAAGUCUAGUCUUCAGGUACCUGAAGACGACUUCGGUAUUGAGUUGAUGACAAGUAUGGAGCUCUUGGAUGCCGCUUCAGCACAGAAGCCUACAUGGAUCACCUUUUCCAUAAGCACCGUGACUCGAGAUUCCGACCAAUGGACAGAGCACUGCACUGGACGUAUCAGAGUGGAGAUAGCUGAAGAGAAGUCGACUGUGAAUUUAAGCUUGACUCCGGAUCGCGAGGCUCGAACCACAGAAUCAACUUCCUGGUACAAGAAGUUCGCAGAACUGGGACUGGGUUAUGGACCCACGUUCCGCCCUCUGUCAGAGAUAGGUGCUGAUACGCGAAUCGGGAACCAGGCUUCAGCCAGGGUAGCGCUGAAAACGACAUCCGGCACGAUGGUAGAUGAAUCACCCUACGUGCUGCAUCCGGCUUCUCUAGAUGGUGCCAUCCAGCUGGGGCUCAUUGCUUACCAUGGCAGCCGGACAGACGAAGCCACUUCGGCUUUUGUACCCACACAUUUCUCUCAGCUGUAUCUCAGUAAUCGAUCGUCCCAAGAUCUAGAACAUGCUAGUGUCGUUGCGCGUGGCGAGCGGUCUGGCCUUCGCGGUGUCAAUCUCGACUUCAUCAUGCGGGCGCCUGAUGGACACGAGCUGUUACUGGUUGAAGGCCUUCGCUGUACAAGCUACAACCGCAUGUCUCUAUCUAAGACGGACGCCUACAGUAGCCCGUUUACGCGCCUACUCUGGAAGCCAGACUUCCGCUCUCUCAACAAUGGUCAAUGCCGUGAGCUUUACCCUCCUCCUGUGGACAACGUGGGCAAAGCCCCGCUCUGGGGCGUUGUGAACCAACUUGCGUACGCUAUAGUGUACGAUAUUUACGAAACGUUCGCUGGUGAAAGUAGGACCCGCCCCGAGCCGAAGCCCUCAGGAGAUGUAAGCCAUUUCUUCGAAUGGAUCAAGAGGCGGGGCACCCUGGACGAUAAUGACCUUCGGCGCAAAUUCAAAGGGUUACCCAGCAAGGACCGGUUGGCCAAAAUCGAUGAACUGGUAUCUCAAGCGCCACAUAUCAUCGAAGUGCAAACGUCUAAGCUAUUGCAUGACAACAUAGAGGUCAUUCUCACAGAGCAACGUACCGGAAUUGAUGUCAUCAUCUCUAAAGGCCUUCUCACACCGUUGUACCAGGAGGGGUUGCUAAUGACAGGCGUGUAUCCACAACUCUUCAACGUGCUGGACGGCCUGGGCCACGCAAAUCCAAAUAUGCGCUACAUUGAAAUCGGCGGUGGCACAGGUGGAGCUACACGCAUCGCGAUGCAGGCUCUCCGCAGCCAUAAUGGCAUGAAACGCUACAGCGACUAUACUUUCACGGAUAUCUCACCCGGGUUUCUAUCGACCGCACGUGAAACCUUGUCGGGAGUUGGCUUCAAUGACAUGAUCUACAAUGUGUUGGAUGUCGAGCAAGACCCUGAAGCGAACGGCUAUGAGCCUGCAUACGAUGUCGUUCUGGCCUGCCAGGUCCUCCACGCAACUUCCGAUAUGAAGAGAACUUUGACUCACGUGGGCAAACUUCUCAAACCAGGAGGAAAGCUUAUAUUGGUGGAGACUACACAGAAUUUUAUCGUUCCGGGAGUUGUGGUGGGAACAUUUACAGGAUACUGGGCUGGUAUCCCCGACGGUCGUAUCGACGCCCCGUUCAUGAGUGCGGAAUUGUGGGACGCGAAUUUGAAGGCAGCAGGCUUCUCGGGCACUGAGCUAGUGCUUGAUGACUUUCCUUCUCCACACAACACCACCUCCGUCAUUGUCUCUACAUUCAUCAGCACACUCGUUCCCGAAAUUGAGGAGAUGGUUGGGAAAGAUUUGCAGCUCUUUCACACCAGCAAAGCUGCCCCACCUCUUCUGCCCCACCUAUCCCAUGAGGCUGAACGGCGUGGGUUCGUGGCGAAGUCGAUGAGGCUCCAAGCUGCAUCAAGCGACUUACAUGCAAGCUCUGAUGUCCUCAUCUUUCUCGACGAGAAACAUCUCCAGCUCGACAGCGAUGACGGGGAACUAGCCGCUUUCCAGUGCUUGGCACGUAGCGCGGCGAGUAUGACGGUUCUGACAAGCUGUGGUGUCGCCAAGGGCAGCAAUCCUGACGGUGCAUUAGUCGCUGGGUUACUACGAGUUCUCAGGACUGAAAAUCCCACGUGUCAAUUUCUCUCCAUCGACAUCGACAGCGUGGAUUUCGACAUCAGAGGUGGCGACACAGAGACAAAUGAUCUCGUGCGAUGUAUCGUUGACGAGGUGCUGAAGCUUCAUGCAGCUUCGAACGAGGUAGAGGAUGGGAAACCCAUUGACCGCGAGUUCGUGUGGCAGCAUGGCGCUCUUUGGGUGAGUCGAUACGUGGCCGUCUCUCAGGCGGAAAUACCUCACCCGAGCGAGUACCAUCGCUCUAGUAAAGAAGGUAGAGGGAUCGAGACAGAACUGCUGCCACUCGAUAGCCAUUCUUCUGUACGUGCAGUUUUCGAGAUGCCAGGUGUACUUGGCUCGCUGCUCUUUGCACCGGACCAGACAUCUUGGAUGCCAUUACCUCAAGACUCUGUCGACAUAAUGGUUACCGCUGUCUGCCUAUCCUACGAUGACCUGGACGUCUGGUCCGGCCGAGCCGAUACUACACACUCUAUUUCCGAGUUCUCAGGUACUGUGACCGCAACUGGCGCUGCAGUCACUGGUCUGAGCAUCGGUGACCGUGUAUGUGCGCUGGCUGGCGGGGAAUUCCAAAUCGGCAACUUCGCACGCAUCUCUAGCGCACUGGUGCUUAAACUACGGAACGGCGAUAACACUGUGAAUAUGGCAACUUUGCCCCGAUCGUACGCUACCGUCAUCUAUGCUUUAGAGCAUGUCGCCCAUCUAUCUCCUGGGGCGUGGGCGGGUAAAACCUUGCUGAUCCAAUCAGCCAUUACUCACACUGGCAUGGCGGCCAUUAUGCUCGCAAAAGCCAAAGGCGCCGAUGUAUUUGCUUUGGUGGAUACUGUCGAUCAAGCAGCAAUUCUCGCCACCGAGACCAGCAUAAUGCCGUCGCGUGUUUUCAUAUCCGAUCUACUGGGUGCCGCGAACGCAGUCAGCAAUGGUGGGUUUGAUGUGGUUUUGAGCACCACCCAAAAAGACCUCGACCUGUUGUAUAUUACGACGCGAUAUUUACGGCAAAUGGGCCAUCUAAUCCAUCUGUGCAAGAUCGAGGGUCAAGGAAACCGAGCCGUUGGGGACCUUGACAUGGUCUUGCUGUCCAAGAAGAAUGCCACCUUUUCCAGCGUCGACCUUGCCAUCCUAGUCGACUCCGUGCCAGCUCUUGGACAACAACUCGUGCAGACCGUCGAAAGAUAUUUCCGUCAGGGUCUGCUUGAGCCCUUGAAACCAUUCAAUGGCACAGUCACAGACGUUGCUGACCUGCCGCAAGCGCUGGCAGACUUUUCCAAAUCAAAUGGAGAAAGCGGUAAGCUCGUCAUUACCUUUGCGAGCCCAAAGUCGGAAGUCAGAAUGACACCACCAACCCCAAGAGCUCACUUCGAGUCUGAUGCUUGCUACGUGGUAACGGGUGCGCUGGGCGGCUUGGGACAGUCCAUUAUAAAGUGGAUGGUCGACCGUGGCGCAAGGCACCUGGUUCUUUUUUCCAGACGGUCUAUCGACGAUGUUCCUGAUGCGAAGCUUCUUGUCCAGAGCUUGGCCCUCCGCGGCGUCGACGUAAGACCGAUUGCUUGUGAUAUCACUAAACUGGCCCAGCUAAAGAGCGCUAUUGAUCAGGCUUUAGUAACCCGGCCAAUCAAGGGCAUCAUACACGCGGCUGUUUCGUGGCACGACCUUUCAUUCGACAAGCUCUCAGUCAGCCGAUGGCGCGAGAGUCUAGCAGCCAAGGUGAAAGGAACCAAGAAUCUUCAUGAGGCGACACGGUCCAUAGCGCUAGACUUCUUCGUCAUGACUACUUCACUACUUUCUGUGUACGCACUAGCCACGCAGGCUGCAUACACAGCCGCAAACAACUUCCAGGAUGCGUUUGCACGCCACCGCCAUGCCCUUGGCUUACCAGCAACAUCCAUCUCGUUCAGCCUGAUUCGCGGUGUUGGAGAUACGGGAUCAGACUCUGGAACGCUCGAUACAUUCCAACGCAACAGGACACUGACCCUCAGCGAAAAACAGUUUCUUGCACUAUUCGAAUCAGCUUUCUUGCCCCAUUCACCGGCAAACGACGAAGGUGUCGAUCCUCUCUCGACUGCCAAUCUGACUACUUGUCUUGACCCUGCGGGCAUGCUGGCUAGGUUACGCGACGCAGGCAACACCGGACCAACACCGCGAUGGUACGAUGAUGGUCGGGUGGCGAUCAUCAUGCGCGCCUUUGCAGAUGCACAGCAGCACGCUUCAGACCAAAGCGCUCCGGAGGCAGCAAGUGGCGGUAGAUCGGCCACAGUUCGCUUGCAACAAGACCUUGAGGCGGGCAUCUUGGCAGGCACUGCUGAGCGAACCGCUACCGUGUUGCUUGUUGAAAAGGCUAUCGCUACGACGGUGGCAGAUAUGCUGUUUAUCGAUCUUGAAGAUGUAGACCCAGCCAAAUCAGUUGCUGACUACGGCGUCGACAGUCUGAUUGCAGCAGAGCUACGCAACUGGUUCAUUGAAGCGCUUAGAACUGAUAUCAGUAUGCUGAAGCUGUUGGAUCAGAGUGUGAGCAUUAGUACUCUAGCGGCGAAGAUCGUCGAUACCGCGCUAGACAAGGCAACGAUCACAGCUGGUCCAGGUUAG